UAGAAGCGCAGUGUAAAAUGUCCAAGGAUAUUUAUUUAUUUAUCUCGCCGAGAUAAGACGCGCCGACGAAGAUCAGAAAAAUUACAUUUGAUUCAUCUGAAGAUGGCCAGGCCAGCCAACCGGCUACAAAAAUCUAUGCGCCUACGAAGUUCGAGGAUGAAGAACAACAAUAAACACUUGAGUUUAGAGCAGUUUGCCAAACAGGCCCUUCGACGCUCGAGGAGCACUAGGGCUGCAAACAAAACAGGGUCUUCAUAGACCCUCCACGGGAGACCCAGGAGCCCGCGAGCCCGGAGACAGAGUUCUUCGGGUAUCUCGCAGAGAUAAGACGCGCCGACGAAGAUCAGAAAAAUUACAUUCAUCUGAGGAUGGCCAGGCCAGCCAACCGGCUACAAAAAUCUAUGCAGCUACGAAGUUCGAGGAUGAAGAACAACAAUAAACACUUGAGUUUAGAGCAGUUUGCCAAACAGGCCCUGCGACGCUCGAGGAGCACUAGGGCUGCAAACAAAAACAGGGUCUUCAUAGACCCUCCACGGGAGACCCAGGAGCCCGCGAGCCCGGAGACAGAGUUCUUCGGGUAUCUCGCAGAGAUAAGACGCGCCGACGAAGAUCAGAAAAAUUACAUUCAUCUGAAGAUGGCCAGGCCAGCCAACCGGCUACAAAAAUCUAUGCGCCUACGAAGUUCGAGGGUAAUUUUUUUUUAUACUUUUAUCAUAGUACAAUUUACAACUCAAGCGUGUGGUAGCGCAACCAUCUAAACCUACAUCAAUUCCAAAAACACCUAAAAAAGUAAAAAAGAAACAAUCAGAAGAAAAGGUACAAUUUGAGAACUUCAUUACAGACCGGAGAAUACUAUUAAACUAUUUACUAUUCUUCAUCAAACAAAAACAGGGUCUUCGUGGAUCCUCGGAAGGAGACUCAGAAAGAUAGGAUAUUUAUUGUUCAAGGCUGGUGAUAAAUGUGACCCCUCUAAUUUUCGACCGAUUUCUAUUCUACCAGUACUUAGCAAAAUUUUUGAGAAAAUUAUAUUCCACCAACUUCUGUCUCACUUUAUUUUAAACAAAUUAUUACACAAUAAGUAAUUUGGUUUUACGAAAGGUAGAAACACUACUGACGCUGGGGUAGCACUACUGAAACACGUCUUUAAUGCUUGGGAGAGUAAAAAGGCCGCUGUUGGUAUUUUCGUUUGAUUGUGUAGACCAAACCUUACUAAACAAAUUGCGACAUUAUGGUGUUUCGAAUAAGUCACUUGAUCUGUUGAACUCGUACCUCACAGAUAGAAAACAAAAAGUUUGUAUUGACGGAACUGAGUCUUCUGGAACACCUCUCACUAUGGGUAUGCCGCAGGGAUCAAUAUUAGGACCUUUGCUAUUUCUUAUUUAUAUGUAUUAAUGACCUACCUUACUUUGUAAAAGAUCUGUGUGUUGUGUUAUUUGCUGAUUACACAUCUCUCAUUUUCAAAGUUGAUAGAGGGAAACUAAAUUUAGACGAUAUUAAGGACACACUCUCACAAGUUCUACAUUGAUUCACUGUUAACAACUUAUUGUUAAAUGCAAACAAAACUAAGUGCAUUAAAUUUACCUUACCUAAUGUGAGGCAGGUAACCACGCAAUUAAUGGUGAAAAAUUAACCAUUAAAUAGCAUAAAUUCCACAACAUUCUUGGGAAUCACUUUAGAUGCUAAACUUCAGUGGGGUCCUCA